AUGUCGUCUCCGUCACUGCACUCGUCUGACAAGGAGAAGGGCACCGAGAUCCAGAAUGAAUACGUCGGAAAGGCGCUCGACGCGCCGUACCUCUCGCCGGUCGAGGAGAAGAAGUUGAUGCGCAAGAUUGACUACAAGGCGAGUUUGCGCGACCCCUGGACGUUCCCCGGUGGUCUCGAGGACCUCUGGGCGCCUCCCAGACCUCCGGGCGGCUGUCUCGCUCUCCCUUGGCAGGCAGGACGCAUGCUGACGUUCCCGUUCGCUGCAGCACGUCUUGAUGGACUGGAGAAAGACCUGCACUUGAAGGGAAACCACCAGAUUGCCCUCGUCGUCUUCUUCGUCGGCUAUGUCUCGACCGAGAUUCCUGGCAACAUCCUGUUGAAGAAGAUGCGGCCGUCCAGGUUUAUCCCGGCUAUCAUGAUCUCCUGGGGAAUCGUCAUGACUCUGAUGGGCACCUGCUCCAACUUUGCCGGCCUCGUCGCCGCCCGUUUCUUCCUCGGUCUAACUGAAUCCGUCCUCUUCCCCGGCAUCUGCUUCUACCUUGUCUCGUGGUACAAGCGCAACGAAUCGAACCUCCGUAUCGCCAUCUUCUUCAGUUCUGCGACACUCAGUGGCGCUUUCGGCGGACUGCUUGCGUACGGCUUGUCGAAGAUGGCAGGCGUCGGUGGAAAGGGUGGCUGGGCAUGGAUUUUCAUCAUCGAAGGUCUCCUCACCUUCAUCGUCGGCUGCAUCUCGCCCUGGAUGAUCGAGGACUUCCCCGAGGAGGCCAAGUUCCUCACCCCGGCUGAGCGCGAGCACGUCGUCCGCCGCCUCAAGGAGGACACUGGAGCGGCCGGCACCUUCAAGAUGAAGUAUGUUAUGGACGCGUUCAAGGACUGGAAGACCUACAUCUUUGCGCUCAUCUACAUCGGCGUUGCCGAGCCUCUCUACGCCCUCUCGCUCUUCUCCCCGACCAUCAUCAGCGAGCUCGGCACCUUCUCCCGCGCCCAGAGUCAGCUCCUCUCGACCCCGCCCUACGCUCUCGCCUUCUUCAUCACCCUCGCGACCGCCAUCUACUCGGACCGCAUCCAGCGUCGCGGUAUCUUCAACAUCUUCUGGAUGACGGUCGUCAUCAUUGGUUACGGCAUCCUCCUCGGCAUCAAGACCCAGAAGCACCCCGGAGUCGCCUACUUUGCCGUCUUCCUCUGCGUCUGCGGUGUCGCCCCCUGCAUCGCCAACACGAUUGUCUGGACCGGCAACAACUUCUCCGGCGUCCUCAAGCGCGGUACCUCGAUGGGAGUGAUGUUCGCCGUCGGCAACUCUGGCGGCAUCGUCAGUUCGCUCGUCUACCGCACGCAGGACAAGCCGCGCUACAUCCUCGGACACGCCGUCGGACUCGGUUUCGCCGGCAUGUGCGUCCUCCUCAGCAUCUUCAUGAUGGUCUACUUCCAGCGCGAGAACGCACGCCGCGAUGCCAAGUACGGCAAGGUCCCCGACUUUGUUUUGGGCGCAAACGGCGAGGAGUUGACCGCCGUCGCCGACGACCCCGAAAUCCGUCGCCGCUUCGGCCUCGACAACAUGACGGAUGAGCAGAUUGAGGGCUUGGGUGAUAAGAAUCCGCUCUUUCGUUUCUGGCAAUGA